CAGCAGAUGUCUGGACUCUAGCAAUAAACACAUUACUCACACAGACAGUAUAAAUGUAUGUGAGCAGAGAACAGUUCUCUGCUCACAUACACACACUUAAAAUACUUACAUAGGCAGUAACUGACUUAAACAUUUUGUCAGCACAGGUCAAAACAGCACUGUAAUUGAGAUCUCUCCACAUUAAUAACCAUUCCUGCAUUCUUGUCGUGUGUGUGUGUGUGUGGGCAUAUUUUCUGCUGGGGACCAAGAAUAGGAAUAUCUGAAAGUUUUGACCUUAUGGGGACAUUUGGCUGGAACCCUACAAACAUUGUAAUUUGUUAUUGCAACAUACAUGUUAAGACUGUACAUAGCUGUAAAAUGAACACACUAUAUGACUAAAAGUAUGUGGACACCUGACCCUACACCCAUAUGUGGUUCUUCCCCAGACUGUUGCCAUAAAGUUAGAAGCACACAAUUGUCUAGAAUAUCUUUCAAUGCUUUUCUAUGAAUUAAGAUUUCCUUUCACUGGACCAAAAGGUCCAAACAUGUUCCAGCAUGACAAUGCCCCUGUGCACAAACUGAGUUCCAUAAAGACAUGGUUUAUCAAGGUUGGUGUGGAAGAACUUGAGUGUCCUACACAGAGCCCUGACCUCAACCCCACUGAACAGCUUGGAACAACAACUUUGUGCCAGGCCUCCUCACCCAACAUCAGUGCCUGACCUCUUGUGCUCUUGUAGCUGAAUGGGCAAAUCCCCAAAACUAUGGUCCAAAAUCUAGUGGAAAGCCUUCUCAGAAGACUGGAAGUUAUUAUAACAGCAAAGAGGGAACAACUCAAUAUUAAUACCCCUGUUUUUGGAAUGGGAUAUUCAAUACUCGGGUGUCCACAUACCUAUCACCAUAUAAUAAACACAAAGCUGUGGAUCUGUAUGGAGUACUGUGGAGGAGGGUCAUUGCAAGACAUCUACCAUGUGACUGGGCCCCUAAAGGAGAAACAGAUCGCGUAUAUCUGUAGAGAAACUUUGCAGGGUUUAAAUCAUCUCCACAAAACUGGCAAAAUUCAUCGUGAUAUUAAGGGUGCCAACAUACUUCUUACUGAGCGAGGAGAUGUCAAACUGGCUGAUUUUGGGGUUGCUGCAGAGAUCAGUGCCACUGCUGCCAAGAGGAAAUCUUUUAUUGGAACUCCCUACUGGAUGGCCCCUGAGGUUGCAGCUGUAGAGAAAAAAGGUGGCUAUAACCACUUGUGUGACAUUUGGGCAGUAGGCAUCACUGCCAUUGAGCUGGCAGAGCUGCAGCCACCCAUGUUUGAUCUUCAUCCCAUGAAAGCUCUGAUGUUGAUGUCCAAGAGCAGCUUUCAGCCUCCUAAACUGAAAGAUAAGGCAAAAUGGUCUGCAGGGUUUCAUAGUUUUGUGAAGAUGUGUUUGACAAAGAAUCCUCGUAAAAGGCCCACAGCAGAAACUCUUUUACAGCAUUCCUUUGUUACACAGCUACUCACCAGAAACCUAGUCAUUGAGCUGCUAGACAUGGCCAGCAACCCAGAUCUCCACCAGGCACCCAGCAUUGAGGACAAUGAUCAUGACGCUAAUGAUGCUACCCCAGAUAAGAUCCAGUCAAAAGGAAAGUGUUUGCCAGUAGAGAGAAGUCUUUCUGAGGAACAGUUUGAUCAGGUCAAAUUUGCACCUCUGAGGAGGAAAGAGACAGAUCCUUAUCCAGAUCUGGAUUCAUGUGAUGACUGGAGCAUUUCGGGUGAUGAAACUGAGUCUCCGAGUCUCUUGGAAUGUGUGGAAGAGGAGCUGCAGCAGAGGAGCCUGACAAUAAAAGAACAGUCGUCCUUUGAGUGGGGGAAGAGGAAAAGUGGUUUAUUCAGUCCUCCACCAGUAUCAGCCACUGCAUCACUUCCUCCCAUGAGUAAUUUCAGUGCCACUCAGCAGGGCACAGAUCUAACCCUGAGGCCCAGCGCUACCCUAAAGUCUGAUACAACACUUCGGCCCAAAUCAGCUCUGAUAAGAUGCUCAGCUAGUCAUGAUGUGCGGCAGUGGUGCAGUGACCCUUGUGCUCCUGAGGAGGAUGAUAAUCAAGAAGUGCAGCAAAGCCUUACUACCAGCAAGGACACAGCUCUCUCUCCUGAGUGGAGCACAAUGAGAAAGAAAGCGGAAGAUUCGAGAGCUGAAUCUCAUGGACUCCCUCCUACCCCCCAAGUCCAUAUGGGGGCCUGUUUCUCUAAAGUGUUCAAUGGCUGCCCAUUAAGAAUCCACUGUGCUGUGACAUGGGUUUUUCCAAAAACUAGAGAUCAGUAUCUGAUACUGGGGGCAGAGGAGGGGGUCUACACGCUCAACUUAAACGAGCUUCAUGAGGACACUUUGGAAAAGUUACUUCCACAGAGAUGUACAUGGCUAUAUGUCAUGAACAAUGUCCUCAUGUCUGUCUCGGGAAAGUCGUGUCAGCUUUACUCUCAUAGUCUGACAGUUCUGUUUGAGCAACGCGGACACGUCCAGAGAAAACCGAGUCACUUAUCCCUCAGCACCAACCGCUUCACUGACAGAAUCAUCCACAGGAAGUUUGCUGUAUCACUGAAAAUCCCAGACACUAAAGGCUGUCGAAAAUGCAGUGUUGCUCGUAACCCGUAUACUGACAGCACAUUUCUUUGUGCGGCUGUGCCCUCUGGACUUGUUCUGCUCCUGUGGUACGAGCCCCUGCAGAAAUUCAUGCAUCUAAAGCACAUAGCUGUAAGUCUGCCUGACCCUCUGGUCAUUUUUGAGCUGCUGGUUUUGGUCACGGAUGAGCUUCCUCAGCUCUGUGUAGGUGUGAGGGAAUGCCAGCCAAGAAGUGAUGAACCUCAGACAAAGCAACAACUAAAGUUUGAUAUAAUUGAGCUGAAUGGCACACCAAAUUUCAAUUCAGAUAGUGAAUGUGUGAGAGCAGGGCAGGUAACACAGCUGGAUAGAGAUACAGUCCUGAUUGCAUUAGAAAAAACAGUGAAGAUUGUCAACCUGCAGGGUGUCCCAAGCAUGGAUUUGGCCUCAGAAAUGGACUUUGGUUUCCCUAUUGAGACUUUAGUUUGUCUACAAGAUAGUGUUUUAGCUUUCUGGAAACAUGGACUUAAAGGACGCAGCCUGCACAACUGUGAGAUAACACAAGAAAUCACAGAUGAAACAAGAGUAUUUCGGGUUUUAGGGACAAACAGAGACAUUGUUUUAGAAAGCACCCCAACUGACAACCCUUCAUCACCCAGCAAUUUAUAUAUUUUAACUGGUCAUGAAAACAGCUACUGAAAGGAGAAGAACAACGAGGAGAGACCAAGGGAACUGAAGAUAGAGAGAUAUGCUAACAUCAUUCUGGAGUAAUAUAAAGUCCAUCAAGUAAAGCCAUAUUUUCACCUGUCUCAAGUGUAAACCUUCAUGCUCUGUAACAGAUGGACACUACACAUGAAACAUCCAUCUGUACUUUAGAUGAGUACAUAAAGGAAAAGCCUGCUGGUCUGACUGUCUUCAAAUUCAGCGGUUUUUACCUGCUGAUUGCCUUUGUUUCUGCAAGGAUAAAAUAACAAUACCAAAAUAUCUCAGCACUGACAAAUGCACAUUUUAUAAAUGCACUGAAAACCCCAAAUAGAGCUAUGGAGGACUGCUUUAUAACCAUUCAUUCUGCCAUUCGUGUCGUGUCCUUGCACCUUACCUUAUUAUGAAAUGGUUCAUUUUAAAAUGGUACACUAUAAUGACAUGUAUGAAGCACUAUCACUGAAGUCAGAUCUGACUGGAAUACAAACAGAAUGAUUGAUAAAUAAUUCAUAUGGUUCAUAUGACAGCAUUUAGUGUGAUGGCUAACACCUGUUCAGAUCUUAACGGAAAAAAAUCCUCCCUAAAAGACUUGCAUAUUAAUAUUUAUUGAGAUAACUGUUUCCUAAAUUACAAACAAUGCUAUUCAACUACCUGCUGAUAGUGGUGCCAGUGGGAUCUAGCCCUCGCUUCAUCCCUACUUAAAGCAACUGAUGCAGCUGCGCUUUAGUCCUUUGGUCUGUUAGUCUAUAAACUCUCUCACCUACUCAUCUGUACACUCAGCUCAAACAGAUAAGGUUCCAAAGCUUCAACUUUAAUGCUCAUACUGCCAUCAAUGCCAUCAUGCUUGUCAUCUUGUAGAUUUCCAACAAGCUCAGUUUAACUGUACUCGUCUGUACACUCUGGAACUUUGAGUGCAGUGUUUGUUGUCUCCCCUAUUUCAGUGUUGUAUUUUUCAUUAUUAUGACGUUGAACCUUGUUGGAAGAGGUCUGGAUCUUUUGCUUUCAGGAGCUAGCAGUGAAAGCUGAUUGUUAUUACUUAUGUUUAACAUCAUUAAAAGUGUUCUGCUAUGAAGUGGAGGCACAGCCUCUAACUUCUCACAGGAAUAACGAAAAUAUGGCACCAACCAACAAAUUAACACCAUAAUCACCAGGCGUAUCAUAAAUAUUUCAAUAUAAAUAUAUUUAAUGUGGUUAAUGGUGGGAGGUUUCCUUUAAAGGAACAUCUGCUUAAAAAUCAAAUGUGACUAACAGUGAAGGGAAACUAUCAGCGAGAUGCUGAUUCACAGCUAUUGAUUGUUUAUAUUUUCAGUGAAACUGUACUUUUAAUCUGACAGUAGUGUGUUUAACUAUUAUAAACUGGUACACAUGGGCAAAAAUGUUAAAAUAUGCCUUGUGCAUUUACGCAUUUACCUCAUUUACAAAAAGUUUUUAAGUUGUAAAUAAAGAUCACAAAUGUUAGAACACGUCACUGGACUGCAAUAAACUCAUCUCAUAUGAGGAUGCUUA